AUGCAUGAAUGUUUUGUUUUAGGUAUUGAACUAGAUAGUUUUCAACAUCGACGUCCAGAAGCAACUCGAAAAGUUGAAAGUCUACCGAUUAUAAAUGGUUAUUCCAAUGCUGUACCGGCAAUUUCAUGUAAACCAAAUGCAAAUGGUAUUUUUCUAUAUUGGAAAAAGAAAUCUCCAGCUAUUACUGAUUUCGUGGAAAAUUAUCGAAUUAUGGUUGAUCAAGAACCAUAUGGAAACCUAAUAGCACCAAAUGAGGAACCAAAAUUUCAAAUAAAUCUUGCACCAGGAAAACAUCAUUGCUAUGUUGACGUCCUACCCAAAGAUAAAAACAAUGAAAUCUUGAAAUCAAAUGUUCUUAAAGUCGAUGUUCCAUCUACAAGUGGCUUGAGAUAUGGACAAAUGCAACGGAGAGAACCAUCCAGUAUUGCUAGUGUUCCUGAAGAAAAUGAUAUUGCUGUACCAAAAUUAAAUGUACAAAAAAUAAGUGCAUCAUCAAUACGUAUGAAUUGGUAUUUAGAUCGAAAAAUGCCAACAGAUAUAUUUUUAUCUAUCUAUGAAGUUCAUAUACGUGGUCAUGAUUUUCCAGAUCAAAUGACAAGUGAUGAAGAAUCAGGACACGGUGAUUAUAUGGAACAUAUCUGGUUCGUAGAUAGUCCUCCAUUAGAAAUAUCAGGCAUUCCUGAACGACAAGAAUACAAAGUUUUUGUUCGAGCUUUAUUUAAUGUUCAAGGAUCAAAUGAUAUGAGAUGUACUACUUUAGUAACAACAUCAAAUGAAGAAAUUACAACACAAAUCAAUCCAUUAAUUGAUUUUCUCACACGACCAUUAUUGCAAGUAACACGGACUGGAAUACAAAUGGCUAUUUUGUCAUGGAAAUUUGAUGAUUCUAUUGAUCAAUCAUUAGUUAAAGGUUAUCGUAUUAUUCUUAAUUCAAAACCAACUGAAAUUCUUCCACCAAAUCAACAUGAAUAUGAAUUACGUGAUCUGAAGCCAGAUACAAAAAAUGAAAUUCAAGUAUCUGUAACAGCUCAUCCAGAUUUUGUUGGUGAAAAAAUUUCUGAACCAAUACGUAUUGUAUGUCCAAAACGUCCUCAACCUCCAACAAUACAAAAUAUUCCAACUGAAAAACCAUUUUCAAUUCGAAUACAAUGGAAUAUAAAUGAUGAUGUUCAAGAUGAAAUAACUUCAUUUAAAAUUUUUCUUGAUACAAAACUUCAUGGUGAAAUUGAAACAAAUGGACGUCAAUCAUUUAAAUAUGAUUUUACUAAAUUAAAAGCUGACCACACUUACGCAAUUUAUAUUAAAGCUUUCAUUGGACAAAAGAAACUUGCUGGUUAUGGUUAUCAAUGUGAUAUAGAAUCAAAUAUAUCAAAUGAAUUAUUAUUAAAAUGUGCUGCACCACCAAAAGGUACAACACCAAGCAUUAAACGAAUGGAUCGAAAUGGUAUUGAAAUUGUUUGGGAUGCACCUGACGAAUAUGGAGAUGUAAAAGUAACUGGAUAUCAAAUAUUAAACAAUGGUCGAGCUAUUGGAAAAUCAUUACCAGUUGAUAAACGACGGGUUUCAAUUAAUAAUUUAGAAGUUGGCAAUCGAUACUCAGUACAAGUUGUACCAAUAACGGAUCAACUAGGUGGUACUGCACUUCGAAAAGGAGAAGAAUAUGAUCCUGAUCUUCAUGGUCAUUAUCUACCAGGACCAAAACUUGAAGUAGAAUAUACAGACUUAGUUUUAUUACCAACAAAAUUUUGGAUCGAAAAUAUUACUGGACAUUCAGCUAUGGCUUGUUGGUCUCCAAUUGAUCAAUCAAUGAGUACAAAUAUACAACCAGAUUAUUAUGAGCUAUCAAUAUGGGGUGAUAAACAAUAUACACGUGAACAACCAAAGAUUGUUGAAUUAUCAAAAGACAAAGUCAAUGCACAAUUGAAAGAUCUUCAAUCUAAUACAAAAUAUAGCAUUCAAUUAGGCGUAUAUAAGGAACGACGUCAUGAAAUUUCAAAAGAUUUAUAUAUCGUUUCAGACAUGUCAGAAAUAUUAACUUUUCAUACUGGUACAGCACCGGAUGCACCAGCAGGUCUUCAUCUUAUUGCUUGUACAAAUACGAAUGCUCGCAUUGGUUUUGAUCCAUUUAUUGAACAUAAUGCUGAAAUAAUAGCAUUACGUGUUCAAUGUGAACCACUUUCUUCUGAAACAAAUGCAAGAGAAAUUUCAAUAGAUUUACAACCUGAUUCAACAGAAUUUAUUUUAUCGAAUUUAAUUGAACGUACAACAUAUAAUGCAACUAUUUAUGCUAUCACUGAAGAAUAUUUAAAUGAAAAUCAUUGUCAUGAUGUUGCACAUUUACCAAAAAAAUUAAAACCAUCAGAUUGGUUAUCAAAAAAUAGUUUAUCAUUUAUAACUAGUGGAUGUGAACCAGUAAGUCAAAUAAAUAUUUGUCAAGCAACAACCGAAGCAAUACAACUUAAAUGGAUAUUACCUAAAGUUUAUGGUUCAACAAAAUAUAUUAAUCAAAUACUUCAUUGGAAACUAGAACAUGAUGGUGAAGAACAUAGUGUAGAACUUGAUGAAAAUGUUACACAACAUACAAUACAUGGAAGAUUACCAUCGGGUUUAUAUAAAAUUUCACUUGAUUCCAUUUUUAGCGUAAAAAUAAAUCUUGAAGAUGAUAAUGAUGAAACAAGUCGAAAAGAAAUUCGUUUAACAACAACUCAAACAGCAACAGUACGUUUUCAUGUACCAGUCAUAUGUGAAAAACCAGAAAUUUAUGUAACGGCUUAUACAAAAGACACUAUUGAUUUAGCAUGGAAUAAACCAAAUAUGUUUAGUAUUAUUGAUCAUCCAGAAAAACUUAAUGAACAACUUAAAAUACAUCGUCGAUUACUUGGAUAUAGAGUUGAUAUUGAUGAACAUAAACAAAUUACAUUAGAAGGAAAUCAAUAUAAUUGUACAUUGACUGAAUGUCAACCAGGUCAAGAUUAUAAAGUUCACUUAUUUGUACGAACUAUUGUUCAAAAUGAAUAUAUGAAUGAUAUGAUAAAUAAUGAUACAAGUGAUGUUGAUAAUCCAGAUGAAACUCCAUCGGAACCAUUACGUGUUCGAAUGUUAAAGAAAGAUGACAUUCUUCGUUCAUUCCGAGCUAACUUUGAAUUUAAUCCUCAUGAAUCAAACGAAAAUACAACGAAACAACGAAAUGAAGUUCAAUCAUUAGGAAAAAUAAAUGUCCAAUGGGAAGUAUCAGAUUCUAAAAAUAUAUCACAUUUUAUUCUUCAAUGGCAUUCAUCAAAAGAUUUAAGUAUUCAACAUAAAAUAGUAGCUGCUAAUGAAACAUCAUUCACUAUAGAUUCAUGUGAUGAAAAAUAUCAUUAUGUUAUUGAAAUUAUUAUUGUUACUAAUGAUCGUAAUAGACUUCAAUAUGAACCAUUAACAAUACCAAUACCAGGUGAGCCAGAUGCACCAAGUUUAUGGCUUGUUAAAACAUCAGAUACAAACUUUGUUGUCGAAUGGUCUGAACCAAAAUCAUAUGGAAUACCUAUUAUUGGUUAUCAAUUAUUUAUUGAAGGUAAGAAAAAAGGUGAUAUUAUUCAAGUUAAUUUACGUCGUGCUGAAAUUCCAUCACGUAUUAAUCGUACAUAUCAAGUUAAUGUAUGUGCUAUAACAAAUAAUUCAUUACGUUCACGUUCAAUUAUGUCUCAAACAUUAACUGUUAUAACAACACCAACAACAAGUCUUAUUCCAACAAUCUAUUAUAAUAAUGAUGAUGGAAGUCCAACAUCAUUCGAUCGUAAUGUAGCACGUAUUAUACCAUUAAAAAUCGAAUCAAUUAAUGAAGAAAAACUUCAUAUUGAUUGGACAUCAUUCUUACCUACAGCAGAAAUACGUGCCUAUUAUAUUCAUUACACUUGUUUAAAUAAUGGAGAAAUACAAACAAUGAAAGUAUCGAAACGAUUUCGACAUUCUGUUUUACGUGGUUUACGACCAGGUUUUACUUAUGGAAUAAUGAUUAUGGCUGCUGAUAAAAAUGGUGGUGUUUUAUAUACAUCAGAUAAAACUACUGUUCAAAUGAAUGCUCCACCAAAUGCUCCUAUUGUUGCUAUUAGUGAACGUACAACAACUCAUGUUAAACUUGAAUGGCGUCCAGCAGCAAGUUAUGGUGAAAUUACAGUUGUUGGUUAUCAAAUCUUUGUUAAUAAUCGUUUAGCAGCCAUACUUGCACAUGAUCAAUUAACAUAUACACUAACAAAUGGUACACCAUGUGAUAUUUAUACUGUACAUGUACAAGCAUUGAGUAAUGAUAAAAAUAUUGUUAGUCCAAUGUCACGUGGUGUACAAUUUUCAUGGCCUGGAAUUAAACCAGGUACAUUCAGACGUAUGAAUGAUGGACAAACAGGAACUAUUAUUGUUGCUUGGGAACAUCCACAAUUAGAAGAUGAAAUGGAAAAACUUCUUGGAUUUAAAUUAUAUUCGGAAAAUCUUGCAACACAUGCUGUACGUUUACAUGGUGAUUAUGAUGCUUCUACACAUCAAGCAACUAUUUAUGAUUUAAAUAAUGGAAAAUAUCGUAUUUGGCUUGAAAUUCUAAGUGAAAAUUAUUGUGUACGUGCUCGACCAAUAAUAAUCAUGUCUGGUCGAUUAAAUUCAUUACGUAUUCGUCAAUUAUCAUCCGAUUCAGCUAAAUGUUUCAUCAAAAAACAAAAACGAUUUCGUUCACCAGUAAAAAAAAAAACAAUAACGAUCGCACAAUGUAAAAUUAUUUUUUUUCCCUUAAAAUCUUAUCAUGAAAAUACAUAUAAAGAAGUUUCAAAAACAUUAAGUGUACAAGAUAAAUUUCAUUUUGCAUUUCUUGAAAGUAAAUUAAAUGUAGAAACUAUAUCUGAAUCUCAAGGUUAUGAUGAUAUAUGUAUUUUUAACAUCAAUACUUGUAAUAUAAAAGUUAUGAAAAAAUAUGCGAAUUGGGGUGAUUUAGUUAAUAUUGAUCUUUUUGCUAAUGAUAUUAAACCGAAUGAAACAACUCCAAAAGAACAAGUUUUUCAAUAUAUUACAAUGAAUGAAUUACUUCGACAAAGUUGUAUUGUUUCACUUUAUGCACCAUUGAAUGAAUAA